AGCAUUGUGUGGGUAUUUCAGCAUCUUUCUGCAGGUGCAGGCAUCAUCACCAAACUACAUGAGCACAAGAUAUUUGAUUGCACGUUUUGAAGCAGCAGGAAUCAGAACAACAAUGAUGAUCUCCGUCCACUUCACUUUGCUCUUUUUUUGGGUGACACAAGAUUUUGUGAGCUGUGUUAAUCUGGAGAUGCCAGAGUUUGUGGCUGUGGUGUUGGGCGACUCUCUAACAUUAAACUGCACAUACAAUUGCCCCACUGGAUUUGUUCGUGGCUGUUGGGAGAAAUCAGAAAGCCGUGUCUGUCACGGGGCAGAGAGUACACGCUUGUACAGCUUGUGCACAAAUUCCCUUUAUCUAUCAAAUGUGUCUACUGAAGAUCUCAACCGUAACUACACUUGCUACACACAUAAUACAGAGGACCCUGGAGUUACCAAAAACAUAGAGCGCAUUGUUUUACUGCAUCUUCAAGCUCAAACAACUGUCCCAACCUGGACAGUUACCCCAGAGACUGGAACUAAAAAUGCAUCUCUUGGAGAUUCAAAUGGAGGAGAAUAUCCUGGAAUUAAGGUUUUAGCAACAGUUACUGUUGCUGUGGCGACGGUGCUUGCAGCUUUGGCCGUUUACCUGUGUCUGAACCGGAACAGACAGAGCUGGAAUGAUAAAGGGGAGCCUGUUGUGUCCAGGCCAGGCUCACCACUACCCCUUCACGCUGUCCCCUCACCAGUGAAGGGGUCACUGUCAGCACAAAGUGAAAGAGUGACUUUGAGGAUUCCUACACCAGAUAAUGAGAGUGACACUGAGGUUCCGUAUGCUGACAUAAUGAUCACCGUCCGAGGUGUCAGUACACCAGAGCUCACUCAGGUCAGCUACUUGACUCCUGGAGACCAAAAAGAGUGGUGGGGAGAUGAAUCCAGGUCUCACCUGCAGGCCUCACGUUCAGCUGACAGACUGCAUGUCCCCCAGCCCAGAGAGGUCAGCCGCAAGAUGAGCACCAACUCUGAGUAUGCAGUCAUCACAUAUGCCUGACUAAAGGUCGCUGCUGCUGGAAGAGGAGAGGGAAAAGAACAACACAUUUCUUGUUUUUUGAUAUACAUGCUAUCUGUCUUUUUUUGCCAUUGCAUAUGUACUUUUUAUAUUGUUUUGUUCUAUGUUUAUAAUGGACCCGCAUUAAUAUCCAAUAAAGCUAUAUAUGUUUUGACAUUUGA